GAUAGAGGGCGCAGUCUGGCAACCCUGCUCCUGUCAAAACCUCUGCUGAGCAUGCUAGUUGCUGCUGGAAGUUUCGGCUGAACUAAGUUAGCGUCUCUGCUCCUGAAAGUAGCAUUACUGCGAGCUAACCAUGGCAGGAAAGAAGGCGUUAGUGAUCCUGUCUAAAGGUGCAGAGGAGAUGGAGACUGUCAUUCCUGUGGACAUCAUGCGUAGAGCUGGGAUUGCAGUGACUGUUGCGGGCCUGACGGGCAAAGAGCCAGUACAGUGCAGCAGAAACGUCGUCAUCUGUCCUGAUGCCAGUCUGGAGGAGGCCAUCGCACAGGGUCCGUACGAUGUGGUGCUACUUCGGGGAAUGCCAGGGGCUCAGAAUCUGGCUGAGUCUCCUGCUGUGAAGGAGGUGCUAAAGGAACAAGAUGGCAGAAAGGGUCUGAUCGCAGCCAUCUGUGCAGGUCCCACUGCUCUUCUGGCACAUGGCAUUGGCUACGGCAGCACAGUCACCACACAUCCUGCCAUGAAGGAGAAGAUGAUGGUUGGAGACCACUAUACAUAUUCAGAGGCUCGAGUACAGAAGGAUGGACAUUACAUCACCAGCCGUGGGCCAGGAACCAGUUUCGAGUUUGCCCUGACGAUUGUAGAGGAACUUCUGGGGGCUGAGGUUGCAGCUCAAGUCAAGGCUCCUCUUGUUAUGAAAGACUGACUGUAGCCAUGUACACUUACAUCCUGCAAGCAAGCAGCACUGUCCACUACAGAAGUCUUUCACUACUGAGACAGCUAAUCCAAUGUUGCUGGCACAAAGUCAAAGUCACUAGUGACAAAUCAUGCUCCCUUAGGGACAAAAGGAUGUUUCUGUUCUGACAGGUUAUUGUCUUUCUGUCUUUCAUGGUUGGCAAUGAAAGGCAUCCAUUUGUUAUUUAACAAAUAAAUAGCCUACUCAGCUGGAAUCACAGCUUAAAACAUAUAUUACAUUUGCCCUCUAAUUGAUCAUUAUUUUGACUACUUUUAUUGUUUAAACAUUAAAAAGAUAAAUGUGACAAA